GCCAUUGGCCAGCUCUGCUGCCUGUCGGGGCGGGGUGGGUGUAGAGCUUGAGCGCAGACGUAAGGGAUGAAGUUCGUGUAGUGUCGCUGAUGGUGACGGCAAAGGCGGGGGGGCGGAGGUUGCAUGUGUGUCGAGAUGCUUCUCCAGACGGCGUGAGUGCCCAAGCCCAGUGCCGCACCUUGCUCCACGGUGUCCCCCCCAGAGGCAGCAUGGUGGACGUGUUCAGCGGGCGGCUGCUGGUCAGCAAAGACGGCCGCAGCGUGGACCCCGAGGAGGCACUGCAGAACAAGGUGGUAGGCCUCUACUUCUCGGCCGGCUGGUGCUCGCCCUGUCGCGACUUCACCCCCGUGCUCUGCGACUUCUAUACCGAGCUGCUGGAGGAGAGCCAGCCGCCCGCGCCAUUCGAGGUCGUCUUCAUCUCCUCUGACCACAGUGCCGAGGAAAUGCUGGGCUACAUGCACUCCAUGCACGGCGACUGGCUGGCUCUGCCCUUCCACGACCCCUACAAGCACGAUCUGAAGAAGAAAUACAACAUAACAGCAAUUCCUAAACUGGUGAUUGUGAAACAAACCGGAGAAGUGAUUACUGACAAAGGAAGGAAACAGAUCAGAGACAAAGGGCUAUCCUGUUUUCGGAACUGGCUUGAGGGUGCAGAUAUAUUUCAGAAUUUUUCUAGCUAAAUAGAAGUUGACUAGCAAGACAGGCCGUCAUGGAGAUUUUGUAAAGCUUUUGAACAAUGCUUGUGAUUUUCAGAACAAGAAGAGUAAGGCUGUAUUAUUUAAUUUUGUUUGAAAAAAAAAAUUGUAUUUUAUGACUUACUGGAAUAGAUAAUCUUCAAGUCAAAAACAAUGUCUAUUUUAUUUGUAUUGUUUUAUCUACUGUAGUCAGUACAAACCAAAGCGUUCCUAAUAAUACUGAAGUACUUCAGGAAGUUAAGCUGUUUUAGACAGUAAAGAAGCACUGUGAAAUCUAUGCAAAUAUCUUAUUCUGCAAAAUCUGUAAAAAAUAUAUAUAUAUAUAUCUACAAAGCUAUUCUUGUUGUCAAUCUUUUCUAA